AUGCAUGUAUCACAUAAUAAUCCUCAUAUUUCUCAGGCUCCAGCGAGGGCUCCAGAUGAACUAGCAACGACUUCCAAGACAGUUCAAUACAACAGUGUAAAUAAUAGUUUGAUUGCUGAUAGUCUCACUGAUAACUCUCCACAAAAUAUUUUUUAUUUAAAUGCUGAAAAUAUUAAAGAUAUUUAUUCGAGUAAUGAACCAUACAUUUCCACUGCUACUGUUGCCACAAGUGACAUAUCACCGACCGAUACGAAUACUUUAAAUGAUAAAUUAUUAACAAACAUUAUUGAAAACCAAGGAAUAAUUAUAGAAAACCAAGCAACUUUACUCGAAAGCUUGAAAGGACUUGGAACUAAUGAUAAUCAGCUGAUAAUCUUGCAGCAGUUAUCAAAAUUUGAGGCUAUGGCAGAUGUAAUUGCAGAAAAAAUGACAAAUAUGAACAGCAUUAAUAAUUGUUCCUGUAAAAAAUCUUCUCAGAUAGUCGAAGAUAUAUACAUAGACCGCAUUGAAGCAGUAGAACAAUUUGAUGCAUUUGAAAGUAAGCUAAAAGACAGAAAAAUAAUGCAGGAAAAUAUAGAAAGACUUAGUCAAGUUUGUGGAAAAAGAGGUGAUGGCCAUGGAGUUAACAACUGUUACAUAUUAAUUGAUAGGAUGUUCUCCAGAAAAUUCAUGACCCUGUGCUCGUGGGCUGGUGGCGCAAGAGGAGAACAGGAAAAAGUGGCUUUUAAGAUGAACUCGACCAGGAGAAGCAAAAGCGAUCUGUUAAGAACUUCAGCUAUUAAAAGAAGGCUCCCUAAGAAACCUGCUUCUGCCUCAGAGGAAAUGGAAAAACCACAGGAAAAAGUUGAUUCCAAUGACAUCAUUGAAAAUGAAAUACCUAUGUUAGAUGACGAAAAUGGCAUGGAAGAGCAAUGUAACUCUGAUGCUUUAUCCGAUAGUCAGGAAUGCGACCAAUAAGCCAGCCCAUUGAUUGACGGUUCCAAAGAAGAGAAUUUUGUGAUUUAUUUUUAUUUACUGAAGACAUGAAAACUGCAGUGUCAUGAAUAAUGAAGUUUAUUUUGUUUUUAUGUUACAUACAUAUAUAUGAUUUAUAUAAUGUGAAAGUUUUUUUUAUAGGGUUAAAAGACAUUUGAUUUAUAUAAUAUAUGUAUUAUAAUAUUCC